AUGCCCCGGGUUCUGCCACCCUCGUUUCCCGCGUCUGGAUCCACCAAGAAGAUGCCAAAAAGAACGAUCGAAACUGUGGACCUGACAGGUGAUGAUGAUCUUCCACCACGCUCUAGAGCCAAAGUACCAAAGCAAAGGGCAUCUCAUGCCUCUUCCCAUCGAGAUCAUGCGCAGUUGCCGACUCCGCCCUCAUCCAGCCAGCCUAGCUCUUCAAGCAACCGUCCCAAGCACAAUUACAGCGGAUUUCCCUCAUCAUUGGGCUCACGAUCAUAUCGCUCUUCGGAAAGAGACCUGUGGCCAUCCACGCAAGAACAGGAAGCUGAGAUUGCAUGCGAGAUUGUGCUAACUGAGGACUUCGACGACGACGUUUACGAAAGCUAUCAGCUGUACGGUAUCCUUGAUACCAAGGUUGUGGGCUGCAGAUUCUACGAUGGCCAAGCUACGACCGGCGAGUAUGUGAAAGUGAAGCGUGAGCCAAGCAAUCCUUAUGACAGCAACGCCAUUCGAAUUGAUAACGUACUUUGUGAUCAAAUUGGGCACAUCGGCAGGCAGGUGGCAGCUAAGCUGGCUCCCCUGAUGGACUCUGGUCAGCUACUUGUUGAGGGCUGCCUCACAGGACCAAAGUCAUUCUAUGAUUGUCCAAUCGGCCUUAAAUUAUUUGGUACGAGUGAUCCUGUUGCCGGAUCCGCUCUUGCUCGCAGGAUGCAAGAGUUGAGGCUCCCCCUCAAUCAGUACGGUCAAUUCAAAAGACGGUUACAAGAGCAGGAAAAGGAGCGGAAAUCUCGAGAGAAGGCAGCAGCAGCUAUGGUCCGCAAGGGAAAUGCUGUAUAUGACCUUCAAGGUCCCAAUAGAUACAGCAAUUUCAUCCCCCCAAAUAGCGCUGCAAGUCAACCACCCGAACGCAUGGAUCAACUCCUGAAUGGCACAAGUACUUUCAACCCCCGCGAUGUCGAAGACAUGCUCCACAGAAUUGGUGCUGGAGAGGACGUUCUCGAGAAGCUGCCAAUGGCUGAGCAACCCAAGCAACUUGCAACCCGUCUACUCCCAUAUCAGCUACAAGGUCUCCAAUGGAUGCUAGAUCAUGAGUUCCCAGAAUUGCCGCAAAGGAGCGGUGAUGUUGUACAGAUGUGGAAGAAGAAGGGCAAACUCUACACCAACAUCGCAACGAAUUUCUCUUUCAGUCAAGCUCCGCCGCUCGCCAGCGGCGGUAUCCUUGCUGAUGAUAUGGGUCUUGGCAAAACUAUCCAGAUAAUAUCUCUCGUCAUGGCCGAUCCGCACAAAGACGGCCAACCUACGCUAAUUAUUUCUCCCUUGAGUGUCAUGAGCAACUGGAGUCAUCAAGCAUCUUUACAUGUCAGGAAGAAAUACACACCAAGAGUACUGACGUAUCACGGCGCGGAAAACAAAAACUUGUCUCGGGAGGAGCUACAGAAGUACGACCUUGUCGUUACAACCUACCAGACCAUGACGCAGGAACUUUUCCCAAAUCGCUCCUCAGAACCUAUCCGGACUCCUGCAGCAAAGGGAUUGUUCUCAAUGACUUGGCGACGACUUGUUCUAGAUGAAGGCCACCAAAUUCGGAAUCCCAAAGCCAAGAUGUCCCUUGCAGCAUCCAAGCUGGACGCCAAAUCUCGCUGGGUGUUGACAGGCACGCCGAUCGUGAAUAACCUGAAAGAUCUGUACUCGCAUGUCAAGUUUUUGCGUCUAUCGGGCGGUUUAGCUGAGUUCGAGAUAUUCAACUCGACCCUUAUUCGGCCUCUCAAGAAUGGAGAGGAUGGCUCGCGUUUGCUGCUGCAAGCUCUAAUGUCAACACUAUGUUUGCGUCGAAUGAAGGACAUGAAGUUUAUCGAUCUGAAGCUUCCAGACCUCAGCUUUCACAAGUAUACCGUUCGCUUCUUGCCUCACGAGCAGGAACGUUACGAUGCUUUCAAGGCGGAGGGGCAAGGUCUGCUCCAAUCUGUCAAGGUUAAGAAGGGAGAAAACAACAUGACGCACCUACUUGAGGUUCUUCUCCGACUACGCCAGACCUGCAAUCAUUGGAAAAUGUGUGGCGACGAGCGAGUAAAGAAGCUGCUAGAACUUGUGGAAGGCAAUACUUCGGUAGACGUAUUGAAUCCUGCCAAUCGAAAGGCCCUUCAGGAUCUGUUACAACUUCGUAUUGACUCACAAGAUGACUGUUGUGUCUGCCUCGACAACCUCAAAAGUCCCGUCAUCACAUCCUGCGCUCACGUCUUCUGCAGAGACUGCAUCGAGAGGGUCAUAACAACUCAACAGAAAUGCCCUAUGUGCCGUGCGCCCUUGGCAGAAAAGGAGAAGCUUGUCGAGCCGGCAGCGGGAAUCGGUGAAGGUGACGAGUGUGACAUGGAUAUUGAUCCGGACACAAGCAGCAGCAAGAUCGAGGCUCUUAUCAAGCUCCUCAAAGCUGCUGACGCCGAGAGCGAUGGCAAGACAGUGGUCUUUUCGCAGUGGACAUCGUUUUUGGACAUCGUCCAAGUCCAACUCCUUCGCGAGGGUAUGAACUUUACGCGACUGGACGGCAAGAUGAACUCUGCGCGUCGUGAUGCAGCAAUGGACACUCUCAACAGUGAUGCAUCUUGCAAGAUCAUGCUGGCUUCUCUCUCUGUCUGCUCUGUCGGGCUGAACCUCGUGGCUGCCAAUCAGGUCAUCUUGGCCGACUCAUGGUGGGCUCCAGCAAUUGAAGAUCAGGCCGUCGACCGGGUCUACCGACUCGGACAGACUCGAGACUGCAAGGUGGUGCGGCUGAUCGUGGAGGGCACGAUUGAAGAUGAAGUGCUUGAGAUACAGGCGAGGAAGAGAAAGCUUGCAAGCGAGGCAUUCGGCGAAAUCGACGCCGGCAAGAAGAGGCAGGAACGCACGGGAACCCUCAGGGAUAUUGAACGCCUUUUAGCCUAA